CGGACGCUGAGAAGAAGAGAGGGUAUCUUGUGGUCGGACCCAGAUUGUUGCUUGUUUUGGCUCGUUUGCAGGAAAAAUAGGGAUUUUCGUAUCCGUCCCGGCUAGUAGUUGUAGUAAUCAGCCGCAUAUUUGCAAAGCAAAGGGUGCAGACAUGCCGUUCGGUAACACGCACAACGAGAUGAAGCUGCGCUACACGUCGGCGCAGGAGUUCCCGGACCUGAGCCAGCACAACAACCACAUGGCCAAGGUGCUGACGCCCGACAUAUACGACAAACUGCGGGCCAGGAAGACUCCCAGUGGCUUCACGCUUGAUGACGUCAUCCAGACUGGCGUCGACAACCCUGGCCAUCCGUUCAUCAUGACUGUGGGCUGUGUGGCGGGCGACGAGGAAACCUACGAGGUGUUCAAGGAGCUCCUGGACCCAGUCAUCAAGGACCGCCACGGAGGCUACAAACCUUCCGACAAGCACAAGACUGACCUCAACGCCGACCACCUCCAGGGUGGCGAUGACUUGGACCCCAACUACGUGCUGAGCUCUCGGGUGCGAACGGGCCGUAGCAUCCGUGGAUUCUGCCUGCCGCCGCACUGCAGCCGCGGUGAACGCCGAGCAAUAGAGGAGCUCUCCAUCCAAGCUCUGGCGUCGCUGAGUGGUGACCUGAAGGGGAAGUACUACGCCCUGAAGAACAUGACUGACGCCGAGCAGCAGCUGCUGAUUGACGACCACUUCCUCUUCGACAAGCCCGUCUCACCGCUGCUGCUGGCGUCCGGGAUGGCCCGUGACUGGCCUGACGCCAGGGGCAUCUGGCACAAUGACAACAAGACCUUCCUGGUGUGGGUGAAUGAGGAGGACCACCUGCGGGUCAUCUCCAUGCAGAAGGGGGGCAACAUGAAGGAGGUCUUCCAGCGGUUCUGCACCGGACUCACCAAGAUUGAGAGUUUGUUCAAGGACCGCGGCCACGCCUUCAUGUGGAACGAGCACCUGGGCUACGUCCUGACGUGCCCGUCUAACUUGGGGACGGGCCUGCGCGCCGGCGUCCACGUCAAGCUGCCCAACAUGAGCAAGCACGCAAAGUUCGAGGAGGUCCUCAAGCGCCUUCGUCUGCAGAAGCGAGGAACUGGCGGCGUGGAUACGGCGGCGGUCGGUGGCGUAUUCGACAUCUCCAACGCUGACCGUCUUGGUUUCUCGGAGGUGGAGCUUGUCCAGAUGGUGGUGGAUGGCGUGAAGCUGCUGGUGGACAUGGAGAAAAAGCUGGAGAAAGGCCAGCCCAUCGAUGACCUCACACCGACGCAAAAGUAGGAAUACCUCGGCCGGGUGGAAUUGUGACCCGCUUUCCUUUCCUUCGCCCGUCCCAGAACGCAUUCUACCCCUGUGUGUGUAUUUCAAAAAUGGAUCUGCAAUAAAAUCUGUCCCCAAAAGAA